AUGACUCAUGGAUUCGGUACCCCCUCCGUAGCGCUCGCUACCACCCCAACGGUGAUCUCCACCUUCUUCUCUCACUUGUUCGCAAGGAACAAACGUAAAUCUCAAUCCAAGAAAUCACUGAAAGAAGGUGGACCAGGUGGAGGACCGGAGAAUCAGCUUAGCUACGAAGAAGGUCUGAAGGUGAUCAGGAGAUUCUUGGAAUUCGCGAGUCAUCAUGGGGUGGAGGAGGUACAAGGCUUUACAGCGAUGUGGGUGCCUACACCUCAUUGGGUCAGAAGAGAGACGGUCACUAUUCCCGAUGCGAAUAUCCGAGCUGCGGAAGACAUCCUGGCCAAGCACUUAUCGACAUAUGGACCGGAAGGUGAGCAGGGAGGCGGACUGAAGCUGAUAGGAGGAGACAAGUGGUGGAGAGUCAGAGGAAGGACGUUGGAAGGAGAGUGGAUAGAAAUGCAAAAAGACUAUUUGAAACGAAAAGCUACUGCAACAUCACGAUCUAGCUCAACUCAGCCAGCAACUCAGCUCAGCUCAGCGCAGAAUGGCGGGUACGGUGACUACUGGAAAUACUUACCUAAAAGAGCAGGGACAACGGGUAGUGAUAGCGUGAAGGAUAACACUGGUGCGGACGUGCUGCAGGAUAGAGUGAUACUUUAUAUUCAUGGUGGAGCAUUCUUCUUCUCAUCCCUCGAGACACAUAGAUAUCAGGUUCAGAGACAUGCUAGAAAAGCUGGGGCUAGAGCUUUCUCGCCGGCUUAUAGACUGGCACCUCAGUAUCCUUUCCCAUGCGGUCUCUUGGACUCCCUUGCAUCCUAUCUCUACCUUAUCGAUCCACCCGUCGGCGCUCACGACCCAAUCUUGCCCACCAACAUCAUAUUCAUGGGCGACAGCGCGGGCGGAGGCAUGGUGAUCUCACUUCUUGUGUUGAUCCGAGAGAUGGGUCUGCCAAUGCCAGCCGGAGCGAGUCUCAUCUCACCCUGGGUGGAUCUAACCCAUAGUAUGCCUAGUAUCGGUGGAUGGGAUGGAGGAGACUUUAUACCGUCUUCCGGAUUCCACUAUAAACCAAGUUGCGCUUGGCCACCUCUCACUGGUGAUGGUAUCACUAUCACAAUGCCGGAUGGAACGGAGCAGCAUUUCGAUGAGCAGAUACAGAUGUACUGUCCUAACAAGCUACUUACGCAUCCUCUUGUUUCCCCGGUCAAUCUCGGCUCACUGGGAGGUCUAUGUCCUUUGCUUAUUGUCGGAGGCGGUGGCGAGCUUCUUCGAGACGAGAUCAUAUAUCUAGCUCAUAAAGCAGCAUCCCCCACUACAUAUCCACCCAGUUCCCUCACUCUAUCUCAAUAUCCCGAUCAAGCGAGGAUGGUGAACAAGUACAAUCCUACCAAAGUACAUCUGCAGAUAUACGAAGGAUGUUGUCAUGUAGUGCCUACUUUGAGUUGGACGAGAAGUUCGAAAUAUAUGUAUAGAGCCUGUGCGAACUUCAACAUAUGGGCAUUUACCGCUGCUCAAAAAGCUGUGGAACGGAGAUUGCACCAUGAAAUAUCGCAUCAUUCUUUAAGGGACAAGCAUGCCUCUCGACAGAAUAGUACGAAUAACACUUCUACCGUAGCUUCCUCCUUAUCUGGCAGCAGAGCUACGUCCACUAUAGAUCUCAAUCAGCCUAUCAUUGGGACCACCGCGGCCUCAGCAGCCAACAGGGAAGAACUUGAUCUAGGCGAUCUGGAAUCUGAAGCUUCUUCGGAUUCCGACGAGUCAACUUCAACAUAUCAAGAUGGCGAUGAAGGUGUACCAGUGGAAGAUCAAGGUCCAAGUAAAGGUGUAGUGACGGUUUCAGGGAAAGAGCCAUUAUUCGGUCCAAAUAAUAUAGUUUCAGAGAGGAUAUCUACCCAUGGACGAGUUAGACCUUUCGAACCUAUUGAGAGUAUACCUGCUCUCGAUCCGAAGUUGAGAGAACAUAUUGGUCAGAUACAUGGUGGUGGAGCUAUACAGAAAUGGUUGACUAAACGAGCAGAGUGGGACGAGAAGUAUAGUAAAGAAUUGAAGAAGUGGAGAGAAAUCAAAUUUAAUGAUAGACAGCAAGCGGAGAAGUAUGGAUAUCUCACGAGGGAGUUACAAGGGGAUGCACCACCUCUAUGUAGUCUAGCUGGGAUAUAUGAUGAGGAUCUGGCGAGGCAGGUCGGAAGGUCAGUGGAUGAACCAACUGGUAAACAGAGUGGUGUAGUAGGUAUGUGGAUGAAGAUGGGUGCGAAGGCGGAUAAGGAACAUGCCGGAGGAGAUAAUCUGGGGGAGAUCAAGCAGAAUGUGGAGAGUGAGAUCAAACAGGAACAGAUACGUAGAGCAUCCGUGUCUGCUGGUGCAGCUCAGAGACAAGGUUUGGUGGAUGAACCGGGGGUAAUACCUGAGCAUGAGGUCGUCAAUCGAUAG